AAAAUUCAAAAGGGUGAACAUGAGCGGGUGACAGUCAACUUUUCUCAUCAAUGUGGCGCCGGCAGUGAUUAAAUGAUAAAUUGGAUGUAUCCGUGAGCGGAGAUUUUAGUGUAGAACACGAGUUAAAACGAUCAUUUUUCUAAAUAGAAAGAGAGAGUAAACUCAAAUAUUAUUACCUCAAAGGUUUGUGCACGUUGACGCAUUCAACGAACUUUGUUAAUCUAUUCGAAUGACGAUGACAGUAUACUGACUGUCUCACCGAUUCGGAAGCUAUGGCGAACAUCGCGGCAUUGAGAAUCCAACGCGAAUUUAAAGAGGUUAUAAGAAGCGAAGAGGUUGCAAAAUGUGCAAUUAAAGUUGAAUUGGUAAAUGAUAGUUUUACUGAAUUAAAAGGUGAGAUUGCGGGCCCACCAGAUACACCAUAUGAGGGAGGUAAUUUUGUGCUCGAGAUUAAAGUUCCCGAGACAUAUCCCUUCAAUCCUCCUAAAGGCUGCUGCUAUGACUUUACGUACAGUAUUGCUAUCAUUACAAGCUUUACUGUCUGCAGCAGAACCAGAUGAUCCACAAGAUGCAGUAGUGGCUAGACAAUAUAAAGAACAUCCAGAGAUGUUUCGUCAAACUGCGAAACAUUGGACAUAUGUAUAUGCAGGUGGACCAGCAAAGAUGCCUGACUUAGAUGAUAAAAUAAGGCGACUAACAGAUAUGGGAAUUGAAGAACAUAAUGCAAGAGUUGCUUUAUCUUCAUAUAAUUGGGAUUUGGAACGUGCCACUGAGCAGCUCUUCACUGGAGAUGUACAUUCCACGUUAAAAAAUGCAUUUAUUACAUUAUUAAGCAUAAUGGUACAAAGUAAAUUUGGUUUUCAAAAUAAACCUAACUUGAAAAUCAGUAGUAAAAAGAUAUCAGAAAGUAUGAUACUGAUACUUCCAAGUAAUAUUGACACUUCCAGCUUAUGAAAUUUCAAGAAAAUUUUAUACUAGAAAUAUUUAAUAAAAUUUAUAGUUAUAUUAUUUGUGAGAAAAUUGCCGGUUUAUAAAUAAUUUAAGACACUAAUUACUUUUAAGUCAUUAAUAAGAUAACAGGUCAUGUAGAAUAUAUUUGAAACUUGUUCAAAAAGACUAUUUGUAUAGCAUUAUAUGUGUUAUCCUACAAGUUAUAUAGAUUUUCCUUAAUAUAUUUAAGCAAUAUUGUAUUCCUGGCAGUGCUGAAAUAGGAAUUUUUAAUUUUCUUUUACAUUUUCUAGUAAUUUAUGCGGAGGCUGUGUUAGAGGUGUACUAAUAGAUUAUAAUACUAUUUGGUUUGUUUGAUUUAUAAUCAUGAUUAAAUCUAAAAAAUUGAUUACACAUGAAUUAAUUUAUGAAAAGAAUUGGUUACAGCAUCUAUAUAGAUUUUAAAUGUAAUUUAAUACUUCAAAAAUAUCAAUAAAUGACAUUUUUCAAUAAAAAUAAUAGGAAUACCUGUAUAAAAUUUUUUUUAUUUUAGUGUAUAGAUUAUCUAUCAAGUUCAAUAAAUUUAUUAAUUAAUUUAAUUAAUUAUUAAUUAUCUUAUUUGACAUAUAAACAUAUAAUUAUUUUAAUAUUAUCAUCUAUUUUAGAAUAGUAUCCAGGAUAAUUAUUGA